CUACACUUGACUGCCCAGUUUAGAAAACAUUUAGUGCACAUUUAAAGACAGCUUAAAUAACGUCACGCGUUCUAAGCUACGUACCGCUGCGUAACGACAUAAUUGAGUUGUCAAUCAACGCGUGUACUAUUUAAUCAUUGACGUAUGUUACCAUAGCAAUGGAAAUGUUGGAAGACGACCGGACAAAUAGACAAAAGAGUAUGUCGAUAUCCCUAAAAACACAUUUAUGAGAAACAUAGAGGACUUCUGCCGGGUGCUUCGGAUCGAUUUGAGGAGCAACGGACUUCAUAAUGGCGGAGAGUUGCGUUCAAGUUGACCCGCCGUUCGUCGAAUUCAAAGACGUGCAACUGGGCAAGGUCUACAAGACUGUCAUCACAGCCAUUAAUGUUGGCAGAACCACGAGGGAAAUAUGUUUCGAAAACCCCAAGUUGAAGGUGUUUAAAUUCUCAGCACCCAGAUCUGCUAAGAAUGUGGCACCUGGUUUGUCUGUGAGUGGCUUAUUGGAGGUCACCCCUGAGGAAGAGGAGCAGGUCACAGAUUACAUUUAUAUUCACGUAGAUGCUGCGGAAAUCAUUAAAGUUCCAUUGCAGAUUUCUCCCCGUGCUUGCUCCCUAUCCAUGGACUCUGAAUUAGACUUUGGCUUUCUUCCUGCCAGCGGUCAGAUUAUCAGCAGACUUAUUCCUAUCACCAAUCGAGGAUCAGCAUCAGGUGUGUUCCAGGUGAUGCACAGUGGAAACUCUUUGGUCCGACUUUCACCUUGCACUGGAGUCGUAGCGGCUAGUGCCACCAGGUGGCUGACAGUUGAACUGCAUGCUGACAAACCCAGACAAGUUGAUGAAAAAGCCCUGGUCAAGCUUCAGAGUCACUCCACUGUGGUUCUCAGUAUCAGAGCUCAGGUGGUUGAACAGCAUCUUGAGGUCUUGGACACACAGGGGGCCCCGCUGUCCCGUCUGUUCUUCGGACCUGUCUACUUUGGGACGUCCCGUGUGGAGCGUGUAGUGUUGGCAAACAAUGGGCCCCAAGCAUGCGACUGGGUCUGCUUACUUCAGGGUUCUGCUGCUGGAACCGAAACUGGAGCAAACCUUGACAAGAGCACAGACGUCGCUUUGCUAGGCAAAAUGCAGCGGUGCAGCCCAGGCCCCCGCUGCCCAUGUCCAGUGGUGGAGUGUAUUCCAAACCAAGGCCGAUUGGGACCAUAUAAAAAAACUACUGUGGCAGUACGCUUCAGCCCAGUUUUCCAUAGAUUACAAGUCAAGCCUCGAUGCCAAGCCAGUCGGCAGGACUACUGCCUUUUUCUGCACCUGGACUUAGUUAGAAGCAAGCAUGGCUUCACUCACCGAAAUGGUAACAGCACUGUCGAGUUGGCAGUGACAGGCACCGGGUUGCCUGUGGCUCUGCUUCCAAGUCCCUCAGAUAGAUUCGACUUUUCCACCUGUGAGGUGGGCCAGCGUGGGGAGCACCUCUGCGUGCUACAGAAUCUCAGCCCGCAUCUUCCUAUCAACUUUCGCUUCCGUAAGUUGGCGCAUUUUGGCGCUCAGCCCUCCUCCGGCACUAUCACUCCUGGACAGUGUCAGGACAUAGUUUUGUAUUUCAAUGCACGGCAGCAGGGCAAAUUCCAAGUGUGCCAGAAACUUGAUGUUUUAGGAUACGUCGCUCGCCAGAGGGCUAACGGCACCAGUGACGAUGACGCCGAACUAAGGCUUGGCAGCUUCUACACAAUCUCACUACACUUAACAGCCAUCUGCAAAAUUGAGAUGACACCUCCUUCUCCAAAAUUAAAUCCUGGUAUUACACCAGUAGUAAGCAAUCCUACUGGUUUACGUCCUCACGUUCCAUACAAAGAAUUGGCCUGCUGCUACGGGAUGGUGCGUGCUGCCGUGGUCAGCGCUCGUAAGACAACGUUCCACAUGCAACACAGGAAGACUGGUCAAAGUUCAGGUGGUGAGGAAUUUCUGGCUAUGCCAAAUGACCGAGCCACGAGCAUCCGACCAGCCUCACCACAAACACAGUUUAGGACCAUCUUCACCGGAGUACACCGAUACAGUUAUGUGGAUCCUGAAUAUGGCCUCACUUGGAAGGAAGCGGAACAAAGACGACUACAUAGACAGAGUUACACCGACUUCAUCAGGCAACUCAGACAAACACGCCUGCAGAAGAUCAAGACAAAACUAGAAGAACAAGGGGACAAUUUUGGGAUUAUAUCCGCUCAACGCCUUGUACCACCUAAGAUUCUCCUUGGUGACCUGAAGCCCACUCAGAAGCCAAAUAGUGGGUUGAAGUAUGCUUCCUGUGGUCAGCGCAAGGGCAAGACCCCCAGCGCCAGGCGGAGCUCAGUGGAUUCACAUGCAGUUCCAGCUACUAGCCAGGAGAUAGCAGACUGUGACAGGACUUUGACACCGCAGGAGCUUUACCAGGUUAUCAUAGGCCCAAUAUUUGUGGACUUUGGUGAGGUGUGUUUACAGUCAGUGUGUGAGCAGAAGGUGGAGCUGAUCAAUCCCCUGCCAAUGUUUGUGUGCGUCCAGUUUGAGGUGGACUGCUCUGAGCUGCAGGGCUCAUCUCCCCUUUCUCACGUGCUUCCACCUGUUUCCCACAAUGCAGUAACCCUGACGUUUCAAAGCAACAAGCUGGGUCACUUCUACAGACCUGUGUCUUACACAGUGAAUCAACAACAUCCUGGACAGAUUCUGGUCAAGGCCCAGGUUGUCCGAAAUUACCUGGAAUUAUCCACCUCCCUGCUGAUACUUGUUCCCAACACAAACCUACUUGCCUCAUCAGGCUACCGAAGCUCAGUUACCCUUCGGAACACGCGUAAUCAGACAGCAGAAUUCAUAUGGCGCCCGAUUGUUCCAGAGAGUGGCAUCCUCUUCUCUAUUCGACCAGCCACAGGUACAGUGGAGCCAUUCAGCGAACUGGAUUGUGAGGUGGUGUGGCAUGCCUCUUUCUCAUCCCCGCAAGAAGGAGACUUUGACCUGUAUGUCAUUGAUGGCAACAUACAACGCCUGCACUGCAUUGCUAAGGUUGGAUCCACAUGCAUCCGACCAGCAGAGAACCGGCUGAUGUUUGAAUCUGUGCCUCUCAACAUACCCUCUAUCAGAAAUAUAAUCUUACACAAUAAUAGCCAGAACCAUGCUUACUAUCGAGUGCUUGAUGUGUGCCCUCUGCCGUGCAUGGUGGUCAUCCCGUGCGAGGGAGUGGUGCCCAGUCGAGGGAAAACUGUCCUAAAGAUUCACUUCAACCCUGACUCUGUCAUCAAGUUUGACACCAGGGUUGCGAUAGCUGUGAAGAACGUGAAGUCCAUUGAGAUCCGAGUCGGUGGAUCGGUGGAGCCUCCUAAUGUUGACAUCAGUGUGGCCCUCUUCCAUUUCUACGGCGUCCAUAUUGGUUCUGAGAGAGCGGUACCCUUCACAGUGAUCAACCGCUCACCAGCUGCUGCUCGGCUCACCUUUGACCUGUCGCAAUAUCCAGACUUCACACUGUGGCUUCCUCAGCCUGCUGCAAAAGACAGUAAUCCAAUUGCGAGGGUUCUGGAGGUCCAGGGCCACCAAACAGUCAACUGCGCUCUUGUCUUCUCCCCUACCGAAUCAGCUGACUAUGACUUUGACCUGCCACUGAUGGUUAACGGAAUGAGAUGGCCUGUUACUUCUCCACCGCCUUCCCCCUCGUCCAUCUCACCCUUCUUUUCAUCCGGCAGCAAGUGCGUUAUCAAAGUUAUUCCCUGGUCUAUCACCAUGGCAAUACAACACCCACACAUACAAGCCACAGUGCUGUCUGCUCCACUGGAAUUGUCCCCAUCAAGCCUACAAUUCCAUGUGGAAGCUUUUACACAACCUUCUCAAUCCUACACAAAGACACUGGAGCUCAAAGCAGCGUGCGAAGAGAACAUCUGUUGGCACAGCAUCCGAGGGAAGUGUGUACGCUGGCAGUUCAAGUGCAGUGACAUAACACCGCCAGAGGGUAGGAGAGAGGGCGAGCUUCAUUUGUUGGUGUCGCCAUCAUCGGGUUGUCUGGGGCCUGGUCAGUCCAUCUGUUUGGCAAUCAGGAUCACGCCAGAGGCAUUAGCAACAUACACGGUGACCAGACUUUCCCUCGCUCUUUACCUGGGACACAAAGAAGGGAGCAAGAUGGGGCAGCUGUACAAAAAGCUUCCCAUCACUGUUAUCCACCAACUCCCCACUAUAACCAUCACCCCUCCACAAUUGCUGCUGACCCCAGUACCCUUGGAAAGCAGCAUAACAGCCAAUCUCACCCUUCUUGCCUCAGGAUAUACCAGUGGAACCAGUUUAUCAGCUAAGGUCGAUGAGGUUGACCUGGAUGAUGGAACCAAGGUGCAGCCAAUCUGUGUCACCUUCCCAGAUUGUAACACCAUCCCUGCCCAAGACCAGACAGCCAGUGUGACCUCACUGAUCUGCAGAGUGACUUUUUUCUCUGUGGUGACUCUGGCCAUUCGCACAGUCGUCACCUUCUCUGAUCACCUAAACAACAGAUUCAAGGUCAAGUUAUGUGCCAUAAGUGACAACUGUUUGUUGACCGUGUGGCCCCAAAUGGCUCUUCAACGCUCCAUGCAACAGAUAGUUCUCAGGGCCGGAGCUACAGUUAUUGAAACCAUCACACAUCACACACCAAGUCUUGCAUCAGACCCAACUUCCUCCUCCUCCUUGUUCGAACCCAUCAGCUCAACACCCAAGAACUCAUCAUCAGAUUCCUUCUCACAAAGUGAGAUCGGCAGUCAGAACAGCAGUCACAGUUUUCGUAACACAGACACCCCACAGACUGAUAUCGGUGUGCCACUAUUCCCUACUGCUACCUCAGUGGAGGGCCAAUAUUACCUGGAUGUAUUAUUAGCAUUGGAGAGGUGGUUUAGCUUCUUUGGCUGGCUGAGUGGGCCACACCCCAUCACUAUACCACACACACUCAGAAGAAUUGUGUCUGAAGAUGCAGUAAAUAAUCCUAGUGGACAGGCACAGGGGGUCAGCCAAAAAAUAGACUCCAGGUCUGCAGUGGAGAUGAUUCAUCAUCUGGCAGGCAAACGGAUUCCCAACAUUUCUCACUGUCAGACCUUUUCCACAGAUGUUCACCUGCGCACUCUGCAGCUGCUCCAACAGCAUGAGGCCAUUUUUGCUUUUCUCAGAGUACAGGGAGCCUGUUUGAGUCACAUCCGACCUGAGUACUUACUGGAUGUGCAGGAGUUCAACCACUGGUGCUCGCUCCAGUCUAAUGAGGAAGAGUCAGGUGUGGACUACAACAGUGUUGACUAUGAGUCUCUGAGCAAACGAUGCUGGACUGAUUUUCUGCUGCAAAUAUACAAGGUCUUGGUGUUGUGUCGCGUGUCAGAGAGCAGUCUGAACCCAACUCGUGCGAAAUAUCACAAAGAUGAAGACGGAAUCCUCAACAUCCAUUCACUGCCCAGUAACCUCUACUCUCGGCAUGAGCUCCAGCUUCUCUCAUGGCUUAAUUCACACUAUCAUUACAUGAGGGAUACAGUGUGGAGUUCAGGUACUGUUCCGCCAGUACGCUGGAUUGUCAAUUUUGACUUGGACUUGACUGACGGAUUGGUGCUCGCUGCUUUGCUUGCUGCCUACUGCCCAUACCUGGUCUCCAGCCACUUUCAGAGGAUGUACACUACAACUCUCAGCCUGGAGCAGAUUCUACACAACAACAUCAUUAUUAUCCAGGCCUUAACCAUACUUUCUCUAAAUAUGGAUCUGCAGCCCACAGACUUGUCAGAUCCAAACCCUGUGCAAAUGUUGAUGCUGUGUGUUCAUUUAAACGAGAGACUGCCUCAGUACAAGCCUGUAAACACCGUCACUCUCUCUGGAAGCCUGCACAGAACUUUGAGCAAACAGGUGCAUUUAAAAAACCCGUCCAAUUGCCUUGUCAAAUACCGGACAAUCCUUCUAGGCCAGGAUGCCAGUCUGUUCUCCCUGCCCAAUGGCUCUGCUGUCACCAUUCCUCCCAAAGGGAGCACUGAUCUUACGGUCCAGCACUGCUGCUCAUUCCUGCAGCCUAAGGAAGCUGUCCUACUGCUCAUCUCAAUCUCUGCUUCUGGCCUGCAUGGUGCCACUUUGACUUUCAAAGUGAACACCUGUGUUAGUCAAAUCACACCCACAAAAAGUUUCAAGUGCAAGACUCCGUGCUAUGUACUAAAAGUGAUUAACCUUCCAAUAACAAACACAUUUAAUUUGGAAGAUAACUUCAGGGUGAUGUUGGUAGAGUCGACAGUCAAUUUUUUGGAAUCGGAAAAGGAAAUUGACAGCCUCAUUCAACAGGCGUCCUUCAAAGCCAAGAAAGAAAAGAAGACUUCAGAGAGGAGCUGUCAUGAAGAGAUGGCAGGAAAGGGGUGCACAAAUGUGUGUGAGUCCUUAAGUGUGAUGCGUGUUUGUGUGUCUCUUGCAGACUGUGAUGGCGGCGAGUUCAUCAGCACAGUGAGCAGUGUUAGCCUGAAGCCCGGCCAGUCCGACAUGCUCAACCUUCACUUCCUUCCCUUCUGUCCAGGAGUCAAGUAUUGUGCUGUGUUGCUCAUUUGUCCCCAGGUCGGUGAUAUGGUCUACAUGGUGAAAGCAACCGCAGACCUGCCUCUACCUUCCCCUCUCAGAGUUUGGCACGGUUCUAACAUAUUCUUCAUCCCUGGUAACUCUGUGGGCUCAGGUGGUUGUGUCUCAGCGCUGCGCCUACGCUGCACAGUCGGACAAACGUGUGAGGAGCUGAUCCGUCUGCCCCUGAUCAAUUCGUCCUGGGAAAACGCCCUGGCCAUGUGGGCUCAGCACAGAAUGACCGCCAUUGAACUUCAGAGACGGAUGCUGACUUACACUUUGCAUAGCAGUAGCGUGAGGGCAAGCAUGGCAGCAUGCAUGCUUUCCAAAAAGCAGAGUCAAAUGAGAGGUGUUGACUACAAAAAAGGGGUAGUGUACAGCGUGGAGGUUUCAUUGCCUCGAUACUUUACUGUGCCCAGCACUGUUACAAUGCCUAUAAAGAAAGAGACCAACAUAUGGAAGAAUCCUGCAGAUUGUGAUUGUGUGGAAAUCCCCUUGCGGUUCAAGGCGGACUCCGUGGGACAGUUCUCAAGUCAGAUCGUUUUGAAGUCCUGCUUUGAUACCAGAGUCUACGUGAUGGAAGCCCUGGUUACUUCUCCGGGAGGAUCUGUUCACUUGGACUUUAGUUCCCCUGCUCAGCAUUCAGUCACACAAGAUAUACCUUUGCAUAAUGAGAGCCACCAAGACUGGACCUUGAAGGCUGAGUUGUGUGGUGAAGGCUUCUAUGGCCCAAAUGUUUUGAUUGUACCAGCUGGGACAAGAGCUUGUUACCCUCUCACUUUUCAUCCAUCUGCACAAUGCGUUGUCUUGGGGAAGCUGUGCUUGCAUAACAACUACAACGGGGUGGAUCAUGUCUUUACCAUCCGAGGAGUGGGCGAGCGCCCCCUGCCUGUGGAGCACAUAGUGCUACGCUGUCCCGUGGGCGAGACCACUCAUAGACAACUGAGUGUUCCCAAUUACAGUCAGAACACACUCUCACUUCAGGUGGUGACAGACCUAUCGAUUAUCAGUGGCAAUUCAUCCAUAAAGGUUAAACCUGGUCAAAGCGCCCUGUACACAUUGGCUGUGUUGCCACGGAAACAAGGAGGGCUAUCAGGUUGUUUAUCAUUCGUUGAGAUUGAUCACACAGAUGAGAGAGAUGCUGACAAAGGAAAUAUAGUUGGACGCUAUGAGGUGUUCUACACUCUGGAAAUACUUUGUGAACCAGGAACACCUGUGAACACCUUCGAUGUGCAGUGCAUAGUUCAAAGCUCAGUUGCCAUAGAGAUCCCGGUCAGAAACCCAGGAGGAGAACUCCUCAUACUCAAUGUGGACCUUGAAGGAGAUGACUUGUGUGGAGCGGACUGGGUUUUAAUCCCCCCGCAGGAAACACUUACCUACAAAGUUACGUUUUCUCCGGCAAAAAUGGGGAAGAGCAGAGGCAGCGUGGUGUUCCAGUCUGAACAAAUCGGAGAGUUUUGGUACCAGUUGGAGCUUUAUGCCGUUCCCUCUGCUGUUGUCACGCUACCGCAGGCUUGCUGUCCAUUGGGCAAAUGGACGCGGCAAUCCAUUACAGUGGUCAACCCAACGGCAGAUACGGUGGAGGUGACCGUGUCCAACAGUAACCCCAGGAACUACACGAUGGAACUCGGCUCAGAAAGCACUCUUACUGUAGAGCCCCACUCUGCCACCCAACUCGGGGUCCUCUUCACCCCAUCAUCUAUUGGAGAGUGUAACCACGGAGCCAAAAUCACUUUUACCUGUCCUCAGCUGCCGCAAUGGUGUGUGUUGUUGUUCGGCAAUGGUCUCAUGCCCAGACGGGAGGAACCUUUGAGCAUCUCCUGCAUACUCGGUUCCAGCGAGUCUGUCACCAUUCGCUUCACAAACCCCACCGAGCGCCCAGCCACACUCGGGAUCAAACUUACAGAUAAGGAUCCAAGUGCUGCUCCUGACUGCCUCCCAGGGACUCCUGACAAGGAUGUGUUCUCGCUAUUGCUGAGCCAAGCAGACGGUAUACAAAUAAGUGAGGGGGGCAGUUUGGAUGUGCCGGUGGUGUUUGCGCCCAAGUCUGUGGACCCCCAACAGGCCUGGCUAUUGAUCUCUAUGAAGCCCCUCAACGCCAUUACAAGCGGAAAACGGGGAAGGAAGAAGCUGUCAACCAUCUGUUGGAUCUACCCUCUCUGUGGGAUUCCCGUGAGCCCGCCUGUUGACAACUCACCACUCUGCGUUGUCCAGUGUGAAGCGGGCUGCCAGCUGGAGAAGAAGUUUGAUGUCCAGCUCACUGGAUAUGUGCCAGGAGCUCAAACUGGAAAUGAAGUGUCCAAUGUGCUUGUGGAAGACUUCCAAUGUGAGGUGUGCUAUGAAAGUGAAAUUGAGGACUGCCUGACUGCCUCAAUCGAAGGAGGGAGGAGGGACCGCGAGACUGGCAUUGCAACGCUCACCAUCAAUCUGAUCCACAAUCCGGUCAAGCAAUGCAGGUGCUCAGCAAUUCUAGUGGUACAGCAUGUGUCCGGACAAAUGUGGGAGUUUUCCCUCGAUGUCAUCGCCACGGAGCCCCGGGUUGAUGAUGUCAUUGACACAGACGUGACUGAGUUUGGUAAAACAUCUGCACUGGGCUUCUACUUGACCAGCACCACUCGGAGGCCCGAGCCGUUUACCGCAGCGUUCCAGCCGGGCACCACCAAUGAGUUUGCUGUAACUCCGACCUCCGGAAUGUUGCCACCUGUCGAUUCCAGCGGCGCCCUCAUCAAUGUGUUUUUCACCCCCACCGUCAAAAAUAAGAGACACAACGCAAGACUUACCAUCCAGGCAUCAGGCAUGCAGUGGAUGUAUGAUGUCAGAGGUGUAACACCUCCCCUCUUUGCAUCAUCCCCCAACAAUGCUUCAGCACUCCGACCCACCAGUGAACAGCAUCCCAACUUUGUAGCACGGAAUCUUCGUAUUCCGGCCCUGGCAAAUUCAUCACCGCUGAACGCUCGCAGAUAACUCCUAAUCUCGUCCUUCCUUUCAUGCAGGCAUGUCAAACAUACGGCCGACUGAUCAAAACCGGCCCGCUAGGGGCUUCAAUCCAGACUGCGGGAUGAAAUCUGAGAGUGACAAAAUACUGUAACAAUCCUGCAGUUACAUACUGUAUGUGUUGGAUUAAGAGUUCUAUAUUUCCAAAGACGACAACUUUCGCUUUGGUGGAAUCCUAAAAUUCAUGCAAUGAACUUUUAAUGUAAGUUUAAUGUAUAAAGGUUAUACAGCGGUGCCUUGAGAUAUGAGUUUAAUCCGUUCUGUGACUAUGCUCGUAACUCAAAAAACACUCUUAUCUCUAAUCAUCUUUCUCCAUUGAAAUAAAUUCAAAUUGAAGUGUCAUUAAUGCGUUCCAACCUUCUCAAAAAAAACACAACAAAAAUCUUUGUAAUGUGUUUAAGAAGGAAAAUAGCACAUAUUAUUCCAUGUAUCCAUUCAUUCAUCUUCUUCUGCUUGUUCGGGGUCGGGUCGUGGGCGCAGCAGCUUACGUUUUAUAAAACCGUACAAAAAUAACAAUUAAAUAGCAUGUAAAGAAUAAUGACUUUUUGCAUAAUGAUUUAAUUCUUCAAUUGUGCUGCUCCCUCUGUUCAAAUUUGUAUAAAAUUUGCACUUGCACGUCAAAGCAAAGAUUCAGGCGGACGAUGGCUCAUAUUUCAAAAAGCUUGUAAGUCGGGUCACUCGUAUCUCAAGGCACCACUGUACAUUUACAGAGCAGGUGAUCACUUUCUUUCUUGAAAUAGUUUUCCACUUUGUACGGUUAGAAGUCAAUUUAGGUUUUGAGAAUUAUCAUGUACUUGAUAAUAAUUCCUAGAGUUUAACUUGAUUACAUUUUAAAGUGUGAUACAAUAUUUUCUAGUUCCAAAAUACCUGUGACUAAAGUUUUGAGCCUUUAUAUACAGUCACUGUGAUCAGGUAUAAUGCACACAUGUAGAUGAUAAACUGCAGAAAAUUACUGUUUUUUUCUUCUUCUGAGAUUCUUAGUUUGUUCUUGAAAAUGAUACUUCAUUAAAUAAAUAUUUUCCAAAUGUA